CAUUUUUACUUAUGCAAAAUCGGCCUGCGAUUGCGAAUUCAUCUGGAUUCGAAAUACCUAUAGUUUCGCCGCAUGUUCUUCUUUUGCAGGGAGCCGUCCCCUGAUCUGCUUGUGCUUUUAAAUUUGCAUCCUGAUUCAUCUAUGUGUCAUAGUUUCCAGCCCUGCCCAGAACCGUAGGAGUAAUAGAGCCAAGGGACCAGGAACGAGAGAUGAGAGCCGCAUGUGAGUUGUUGUGGAGCGCUGUUCAAUUCAAUUAUAAUAACAGUUUGCACAGCAACAAGAGCAACGGAUUUUUUUUUUCCGACGGAGCGCAGAUAAUUGAGGAGGUUGAGUUGUCAAGUAGCUAUUAGAAGACCUGCACUUACUGUAUUUGCAACAUCACUUUCGCCUUGUCAUGAUACAUAUAAGUAGUUGUUUUACCCAAGGGCAACUUCUUGUCCGCACCGUACGAUGUAAAAAGCGGGCUGUCGCCCCGUGUAAGAGACGUACAAACAGUCUCGAAACGAAACAAAAUGCUGACCCACUUCACCCGUCCCGCGCUGGUGAGCGCAGCAGGAAAAGCACCUGCCCCGAAGAUGCUGUUGGGGCGAACAGCAAUAGGACAUCAACUCGCUACUGCUUCAUCUGCUACACGACCAGUUGCACUACAGCACCUGCCCCGCGCAACACCCUCGAGUGGCGGUCUUUUCCGCUGCUCCAAGCCAAAACACGGACACAUGUGGGACUACUGGGACGGCCCCUGGUACAAAUUUUGGGUAUGCAUUGCAAAAGCAUAAUCGCACUAUAGUAAGUUCUUGCAGUCGCAAUCGUGCAUGACACAUCUCUCUACUCCUAGGUAAAAUCAGAAUUGCAAAUCCCACUUUCUAACGUUGUGGGAAAUAAAUUUGUGAUACACGAAGCACGACUGGUGCGACCACAUGAUUUUGCAAUGCAUAUUGUGCUUGGGUAAGCAAGAGCUACGCCGAGGUGCCCAUGAUACCGCCGGUGCCACGGAUGGUGGCACAAGGGGUGUUGACCGCGGGCUUUCUGAUCGUGUUUAUCCCAUGGGCGUAUUGAUACAAUCUUUUUUCGAUUUUCUUGUAUUACUGGUUGUGCAUGAAGAGACUCUUUGUGUCUUUAGACCAGGAUCUGCUUCUGCAUGACAAGACUUCUCAUCAAAGAAAACCAAAACAGUGCCUCCGUCGAUCUCCUCCCCUUCUACCGUUCGAAGGGUUUGUUGACUUUGAAGCAGCGCAUGGAAGGGCACUACGAUCGCGUGGAUACUGGUUUUGCCUACAACGACUUCGAUUUGGGUGGAGAUAGAGCGGUGGACAAGCUGCCCGAGUCGAGCAAAGGUAUAGAGACGAGUGUUUUAUUAUGCGCAAAUCAUGCAUGGCAGAUUGGUUUCGCUUGUGACAAGUGUGUUUCGCAUGUAUGACAAAAUGGAAAUGGCCUGUGUGUUUCGCAUGACAAAUUAUUCUCUAUCCCAGGUAAAAUGCGUCCGUACACGCCAACGGAGUGGAUGACCGAGGGGCCGAUGAACCCAGCACCAGUGAGUCCGAACAAAAUCCCAGAACAGAAGCUCUUUCUCGGCUGGAGGUCCUUCAGCUGGUACGAGGGGUUGCACAAUGAUUCGCCAUAAAGUCGUUCUUCUGGCGCUACGGCUACGAGUAAAAUGAUAGAGUUGAAUUCCACCUCGCGUGGCAGUGGAAAUCAAAAAUCAAAACUGAACUCAGAACAAAAGUAUAUGAUUCACAGAUAAAAGAUCUCCAUGAAGAAAGAGAGAGAAGAAACCCGUAAGAUGAAAAGCUUUUACAUUUUUGUUUUUACAAAAAAUCGGAAGACCUAGUAGCCCC